AUGGCAAGUUUAAUCACAGCUGCCACAAAGGUUGGUCAUGUUAGAGUUGCAAUUGCCAGAAGAAGCACUUGGAAUCCUAGGCUGUUUGUGGCUGGAGCCCCAAGAUUUAUUCAGGCAAGUUCACAUCAAGAUGCUCAAGCUACAAUGGAUAAGACGGCACAGGCUGUUAAACAAGGGGCUGAUGAGGCAACGAAGACUGGUGGAAAUAUCCAACACAAGGCCGCCUCUACUGCUGAACAAAUGAAUCAAAAUGCAAAGGAAAUGGCAGGAAAGGUGGGUGAAACAGCAAAGGAUGUUUCUGAGAAGGCAAAACAAACAGUGGAAGGAGCAUGGGGCUCAGCUAAGGAUACAGCUCAGAAGGCUAAAGAAUCAUUGAUGGGCAAUGCUGAAGCUUCCAAGGAAACCGUCAAACAACAUGCUGAGGAAGUGAAGAAAAACAUGAACAUGAAGAACUAA